AUGGAUCGCCAUUUCCUGCUAGAGAGCAUCCGUUCUUGUAAGAGCUCGGCAUCACUCAAAGUGAUCCAAUCAUCUCUACCAAUCUACUUCCAGAGGGAUUCGUCCCUCUCGAACCAGCUCAUCCAGAGCUUCGGGAGACUUGGGUGCUGCAAAGAUGCCCGAUCCGUGUUUGACGCCAUGGAGUGGCGGGAUUGUUUUUCAUGGGACUUCAUGCUCGCCGCCUACAUUCGCAGUGGGGAUUUGGAGGAAUCAAAGCGAUUCUUUUACUCCAUGCCCGAUCCAAGCCUCGUGUCGUGGACAGCGAUCAUCACCGCAACUGCCCAAAGAGAAAACUUGCGACGCGCGAGGCAUUUCUUCGAUGCUAUGCCGAAACGAGACGUGAUCUCCUGCACGGCGAUGAUCAAGGCGUGUUCCAACGGCGGAGACCUCGAUCAAGCGCUGGAAGUUUUCAAUUCUAUACUUUACAAAGAUCUGGUAGCGUCAAACGCAAUGCUAGGCGCGGUUGCCCGUUUGGGGCAUUUUGAAGAGACUGUCUCAUUCUUUCAGUCUUUGCCUUUACACGACCUCUAUUCUUACAACACAGUGUUGGCAAAGGCUGAUAACGUAAACGAGUCCAAAUAUUUGUUUGACAAACAACCCGAAAAAGAUCUUGUGACGUGGAACUCCAUGAUUGCGGCAUAUACCAAAGCCGGGGAUCUUGGUAGCGCAAAGUCAACGUUUGACAAUGCUCCCUUGUGGAAUCUAGUCACUUGGAAUUCCAUGUUGGUAGGGUAUAUGCAAGAUUGCCAAGUGGAUGUGGCAAAGAUAAUCACUUAUGAGAUGCCAGAGUGGGAUCUUUUCACUUGGAACGCCACACUAGCGGGAUACUUCCAAAAUGGGAAUCUUUCUAAUGCGGCAAUGUUGUUCCACCAAAUGCCCAAGAAAGACAUUGUGACAUGGAACUCCAUGGUGUGUGGAUAUUCCCAGAGCGGGCAUUUGCAAGAUGCCGAGAAGAUACUCCUUGCCAUGCCUGAGCAUGCAGUGGUGACGUGGUCGGCAAUGCUGGAUGCGUACGCACGAAAUGGCCACGUGGACCGUGCCAAGCAGAUAUUUGAGAGAUUUCGUACGACUCCGUACAGCCUAGCAUUUGAGAAUGGUAUGCUAGUAGCGUAUGCCCAAACUGGGAAUUACAUAGAAGCAAAGAUUCUUUUUGAUAGCAUGGUACAGAAAAGCAUGGUAACCUGGAAUGCCAUGCUAGAUGCGUGUUCCUUGGAAGAAAAGUAUGAUCACGUAGAAAAAAUGUGGGAUUCUAUGCCGUAUUGCGAUCUAAUAUCAUGGAAUAUACGUCUGUCUACGUAUGCCCAGCAAGGGGAUCUGGAGAAGUCAAAGAGGUCUUUUGAUUCCAUGCCUGUCAAGGACAUUGUCUCUUACACUUCAAUGAUCACAGCUUACACCCGAAACCUAGAGCUUGAGAAAGCAUGGACGCUCUUUGAAUCCCUUCCCUACCACAAUCUAGUUUGCUGGAAUGCCAUUCUUUCAGCCCAUGUACACGGACGAGACAUUGUGCGGCUCCAAUUGUUGUUUGAUCAAGCUCCUCAAAAAGAUUUAGUUUCAUGGAAUCAACUUCUGGCAGCAUAUUCCAGAUUGGGGGCUCUAGAACACGCAAAUGCCAUCUUUGAAAAAAUGCCGGAGCAUGACACUCUGUCUUGGACUGUUUUAAGUACAGCGUUUGGUGUGAGCGGGUACCUAGAGUACUCCAAACUCUUGUUUUAUUUCAUGCCAGAACGUAGCAUAGUAGCGUACAAUUCGAUGCUAUCGUCGUAUUCUAGAUUGGGCCACGUUGAAUUUGCGAAAGCCCUGUUUCUUGCAAUGCCAGAAUGGAACCUGGUUUCUUGGAGCGCUCUACUCGCGGCAUAUACCCAAACUGGGCAUCAUGCGGAUGCGUCGAGAUUAUUCUUGGAGCUCUCGCUGUUCGAGAUUCCAGACUCUAUGUGUUUUGUACUAGCCCUGGUGUCAGCGAGCCGCGUUGGUACCGUCAUGAAUGGACGAUGGAGAUUCGUUUCGAUGUGUGCCGACUUUGGAGUGACUCCGACCAAGCAGCACUACUGCUGCAUUGUGGACGCCUUGAGCCGGGCGGGAUACUUGAAAGAUGCCGAAGAUGUUCUCAAGGAGAUGCCGUUUGAGGCCGAGAAUCUGGACUGGAAGUGCUUGCUUUGGAGUCGCAGAAAUCACAAGUACAAGCCAAUGACCCCUGUUAUAAGCCUAGACUCCAUGGAUGGGGCUGCAUACAUGCUAGCCUCAAGGAGGCACGAAUUACCAAAACUGGCAGUCAGAAACUGUCGCAAAUGGACGAUUGAGAUUCGUUUAGAUGAGGAGUGA